CGUUCAGGAGGCUGCAGAGGGGCCGCGCGGCUGUCUAGGAAACUGCGACCAGCGGGGGCCGCGUGUGGGCAGUCACCCCCGGCGAAGGGCAAGCGGGCCUCGUGGCGCGGGUGACGGGGGGCAGGAGCCCGAAGCGGAGGCUGGCUGGUUCGGCCGAGGGCGGGCGGGCGCCUGCGGUCCCACGGUACCGCCCUGGAGCUAAAGACUGCAUCUGGAAAAUUGAAAAUAGCGUGAAGCUUAGUACUGUGGAAGACCAAUAUAUAUGCUGUAUAGCUCAAUGUUUGGCUUGCAUAUGUGUAUGUGCACCAUAUUUGUGCCUGGUGCCCACAGAGGCGAGAAGGCAUCGAGCCACCCGGAACUGGAGCCUUGGUUCCUACCUGAGCAGAAAAGGUGGCUCAUCUGCCUGCCUUCCACUCUGCAGCCUGGAGGAACAAAGGAGAAGAGCAGGGGCCAACGGGUGUGGCGGGGUGUGUUUACUGAGAGUGUCACUUCUGGUUUGUGGACUGAUGGCUCGCAGGCACCCACAUCAGAAUCCAGGAUGCAGGCGGGAUCUGCUGCACUGAUGUCCACCCCUGUGUCCAGGCCCAGGCUCAGCUGUCAUUGACACUGGCCCAGUGGAAAGAAUGAUUUGGACUGUCAGGCCUCAGGGAUCAGGGCACCUAUCCUGGGACCCAGCGCUGACAGAGCGUAAGCAGCUCCAGCUUCAACAGAGUAAAGGUGCUGAUUUUCAACCUUAAUUCUUCCAUCAAGAAUGAAACUAUUUAAAAAUUAAGAUGCCAACAGAUCACGAGCAGCCCUGUGGUCCCAGGCACAGGUCAUUUUGCCUCAAUGGGGGGAUUUGUUAUGUGAUCCCUACUAUCCCCAGCCCAUUCUGUAGGUGCAUUGAAAAUUACACCGGAGCUCGUUGCGAAGAGGUUUUUCUCCCAAGCUCCAGUAUCCAAAGCAAAAGUAACCUGUCGGCAGCUUUCUUGGUGCUGGCGGUCCUCGUCACUCUUACCAUCGCGGCGCUCUGCUUCCUGUGCAGGAAGGGCCACCUUCAGAGGGCCAGUUCAGUCCAGUGUGAGAUCAGCCUGGUAGAGACAAGCAAUACCAGAACCCGUCACAGCCACAGAGAACACUGAAGACAUACAUCCCCAGUGAAGGGCAUUAUUACCCACAAAGGCAGAUUGUGGACCAUACGACAAGAGAAGGAGCAACACCACAAGGACCAGAGCUCUAAAAUACAUCAACGGGUAAUGCUAAAAGAGCCUGAUUCUGACAUUCUUAAAAAACAAUAAAUCCAAGUUCAGUUCACUGGCCUGGAAGUCAGCAGUGUAGAUAAGGCUGGCCCUGAAUUCAAGAGACUCACCUGUUUUUGCCUACUCAGAGUUACUGGAAUUAAAGGCAUAACAACACUAUACUCUGCUUGAUUCCUCUAACUUCUUUUUUAAAAACCUAAAAGUAUUGAGGACCUGAAAUCAAAUAUUUCUAUUUACCACGGGGGAAGAGCAAAGUACUCAGGCUUACUUCUCA